GUGAUUGUGAAUAAUGGAUACAACAUUCCAAAGAUCAAAAAUAUUGAAAGAGUAUUCCAAACGAUAUUUUAUCUCUUUAAUAAAAACCCUAAAUCAACCUUGGGUUUCAGACACCAACCAGUCCAAUCCACUCAUCAUCUCGCCUCGCCUCGCCGUUUCUUCUUGAUUCCCCCCAUCCGUUUAUUAUAAAUUCUUCCACAGCUCGCGUAAAAUGAGAGACGUCAAAGUGAAAGCUAAUUCUUCUAAGUCAACGCAUCAAGAAGAAUCCCUGAGCGUUAAAUCAACUCCCGAGAUCGAGAAAAAGUACGUCCACCGAGUCUACGACGCAAUCGCUCCGCAUUUCAGCUCCACGAGGUAUGCCAAGUGGCCUAAAGUCGCCGCCUUUCUCGAAUCAUUACCUUCCGGAUCCGUGAUUCUCGACGCCGGCUGCGGGAACGGCAAGUACCUGGGGCUGAACCCGAACUGUUUCUUUAUAGGGUGCGACAUAAGCAACCCUCUCAUCAGAAUCUGCUCGGAGAAAGGCCAAGAAGUUGUGGUCGCAGACGCUGUCAAUCUUCCUUACAGAGAUGGGUUCGGUGACGCGGCGAUCUCAAUCGCGGUUUUGCAUCACUUGAGCACGGAGGAGAGGAGGAAGAGCGCUGUUGAGGAGCUGGUUCGGGUUGUUAAGCCUGGUGGGUUUGUGCUCAUCACGGUUUGGGCUGCGGAGCAGGAGGAUAAGUCUUUGCUUACUAAGUGGACGCCGUUGUCUCCCAAGUAUGUUGAGGAAUGGGUCGGGCCGGGUAGUCCGAUGGAUAGCCCUUGUGUGAGGAACAACCCGUGUUUUGGUCUUGAGAGUAUUCCGGAGACUGACGUGAGUGUAAAGGAGGAAAAGGAUAAGGACUCUGUUGAAGUGUUGUUGGAGGCUGUGGAGAUGAAUCAUCAGCAAGAGUACUUUGUUCCGUGGCAUUUGCCUUACCACCGUGCUGAAGUCAGUGGUGCAUCUGCUUCUGCGCUUGCAAGUGGGCUUGCGAAGAAAGACGAUAGAAAAGGAGCUGUUGUGUACAAUAGAUACUACCACGUCUUCAGUGAAGGCGAACUUGAAAGGUUGGCGUCUGGAGUAGGCAAUGCAAUGAUAGUUGAUAGGUUUUACGACAAGUCCAAUUGGUGUAUUGUUCUUCAGAAAGAAGCUUUAAACCAAGAUCAUUGAAACCAACCAGACUCUUUGGCUUCACACUCAGUUUUACUUUCUUUUUUUCUCCGUCUUUCGGAAAUUGGAACUCCAUUGCAGCCACCAUUGGAGGUUUUUCCAUAUGUAAUACAAGUUUUUUUUUUUAAUAUGGUUUUAGUUGAGAUUCUGUGGCAGCUCAUUUGUUGUUCAAUUGUUGGCUUUAAGGCUUUGUAUUAUGUGUAA